ACAAUUUUCGGUAAUUUUUUACUUGUAAUCGAUUACUUUUUCCGCGAAGGUUUAGUCAAAAAAUCCAAACUGGAGAGGUGUUUGACUUUCCAAUAAGUGACUCACGUAGUGGCAUGCCACAUAUGUCGCCUCCUGGAGAAUUCCCAAAAUCCCUAUGGAACGGCUCCGAAGUAGGCCAUAAGAACUUGGUAGAUAAUAACCAGGCAUCCUGGAAAGUGUGUUGAACAUUUCUUUUUUCUUUUUGGGGUCAUUACUUUGGGACGUUUCAGUGAUGAAAGCACAAAGGAGGCUAUGUGGUUCUGUGGUGCUGGUUGUGCGUACUCCUUACAAAGGAGCCUUGUGUCGUUCUGUGUGCCUCUAGUCCGGCGUCUUCUGGGAAUACGAACAAAGUAGGUUGCUCAGACACUAGGAACACCGGGGGCAACUGCAAGACCUCUUGCUUAUUGAGUCAUUGGGUUGGGGGUUCCAUCAAUGACACACUCAGGGGAUUAAGCCAGACAACAGUGCUGCUAUUCGUCAGUUCUUGGAGGGUCAACCGCUUAAAGAUGGACGUGCCCACGGAGUUGGAAGAGGAGACAGCGUGAUUGUCACUUGCUGGCUGGUUACUCUUGAGUACAGUAAUGGCAAGUUCUCCCAACUUAUCGCCAUGGCCGCAGCUGUCGGAGUUGUUCGCUGUAGUCGGAGAAAAGGGUGAAAAUAAUUUGCUUUUCAAAUGCGUCUUAUGUCAGCCGAAGGAGAAGAUUUUGUCCUGUGCAAGGUCAACACAUUCAAACCUAAAGAAGCACAUCAAGGCGCAACAUGAUCUGCACCUGGCCACGUUCGAGCGCUUGUCGAAGAAGAGAUCAAGGGUGGCAGAGGAACCCGAAGACGUCGAGACGGCGAUGGCGAAACAACCGAAGCUCAGCUUUGCCCAAGCCGCCGUUCCCCAGCAAACGGUCGACGACGCGAUAGUUGCUUUUGUCGUGGACACCAUGCAGCCUUACUCUGUGGUGGAGGCGCGAAGCUUUGUAAAUUUAGUCAAGAGUUUAGCUCCCCAUUCUACCGUAGUGACUCGAAGAAUGCUCACCACGCGCAUUUCAGACAGCUACGACACAAUGCAAGACAGAUUAGUGUCGACGCUGGAGAAGGCCUCCCAUGUGGCGGUCACCGCUGACUGUUGGACGACAUUUCGACGAGCCUACCUGGCAGCGACAGUGUCUUGGCUGAACCCCGAAAGCCUUGCGAGGAAGUCAGCUGUUCUGGUCUGCCGGCGAAUGCAAGGCAAGAUAUCGUAUGAUCGGAUCGCGGAUGUUCUUGGUGAGACGUUCGAACGCUUCGCACUGCACGGAAAGAUUACCAAAGUUGUUACGGACAACGGCAGCAAUUUUGUGAAAGCCUUCAGGGUACUCGGAGAGGCUGCCGAACCGAAAGCGGAGGACGACGACUUGGCAGCGGAGGCGGUGGACGUCACUGCACUGUUCGACGGAAUGGCUGAUGGCGACGUACACGGGCGUGUGCGCCUUCCACCUCACCAGCGGUGUUCGGCGCACACAUUGAACUUAGUGGCCACUGUGGAUGCGUCAAAGGCCGAACGGCAUGAAAUGUUUUCUAGGCCACUGGGUUCAGUACUUCGUACCUGCCGGGCUAUAUGGAACAAACAAGGCCAAUCUGCUGUGGCGGCGGAAACAAUUCAGCGAUAUUGCGGGCGCGCAUUGGUAAGGCCCGUCAGCACGCGCUGGAAUUCCUUCUUCGACGCCAUGCGUUGCCUGCUGGAAUUGGACAACGCAGGGAAGGAUCUCGACGGCCUCUGCAGAACCCUUCAGGUUUCCCCCUUCCAGCGCCCGCGAGACCUGCACUUCAUAAAGGAGUAUUGUGCUGUCAUGAAGCCCGUGGCGUGCGCCAUCGACGUGCUCCAAAGAGAGGAUAUCUCUCUAGGGUAUUUGCUGCCAACGAUUACUGUGCUAAAGAAGCGCCUGGAGCACUUGGCUAUGUCCGGGCUGAAGUUCUGCUCUCCUCUUGUUCAUGCGCUCCUGGAGGGCAUUCAAACCCGCUUCGACCACAUGUAUGACGACCGGGAACUGCUGCUAUCAACUGUCGUGAUCCCACGGUUCAAAGAUCGGUGGGUGGACGACGAGUCAAGGCGACGGGAGCUCGUGGAACUUCUGACUGAAGAGGUGAAUCGCCCUUGCUACUACGCGUGUGACCACAAGCAGCACGAUGCUUCAAGCACUCACGGCAGCACCACACGUCUGGCUGAGGAGGAAGAGGAGGACGACUAUUUCACGUUCGCCUUGCCCCUGGAAAAGGAGGACCAGGGCGUUGUGGUCUCGCGAUACCUCGCUUCUUCUGCUAGUGGUUCUAUGAUCUCACUGUUGGCGGACCACCCAACCAUCCGACAAGUUUACCUGAGGUACAACACGGCGGUUCCAACAAGUGCCGCCGUUGAACGAGUAUUCAGCGUGGCGGCGGACAUUUUGACAAGAAAGCGUGGGAGGCUGGCCGAUGUCAACUUUGAGAAACAGCUUUUGCUGAAGCUGAAUAGGACCAUCAAUUGUUAAGCAAUUUGUCCUUUGUUGUAUAAAGUGUUGUCGUAAAGUGCCUGACAUGUGUAUUGACU